AUGGCCGCUCCUCGCUCUACUUCCCUGCGCGCUCUGCGCCAGGUCUCUCAGUACUCUGCUACUCCUGUAACCCGCCGUGGCCUCCACAUCACCGGUGUUCAGUCCGCCCAGCCUGUCAACUCUUCCGACAAGGCUUCCCUCUCCAAUCACGAUGUCCUUCAGUCACGAGCUUUCGCCAUGGCCAUGCGCAGAAUCAACGGCAACGCUUUCUCAGACUCCUCCCGCCAGUUCAACACCUCCCGCUCAUCAAAAGCCAACGGUGACAACUCCACUGUCGACUUCAUCUUCAUGCCUUCAAUGGUCGAUCUCGAAGCGGGUCCUCGAUCUUACUCCCCCCGAGUCCCGGUCCUUCCCGACCUAUCCUCCCACCAGGCAUCUCACUCAUCAUCCGCCCCACCCAUGAAGCCCCAGAUCUACACUGUCGCCGGUGCCGGCGCUGACGUCGCUGCCAGCGCCAUGAGCGAGGUUGUUGACAACCACUCUGUGGAUCUGGACCCGUUCUCAUUGACCGAAACUGUUGGUCGCUCACGGACUGGUGAGAUGUUGCAGCGUCAGGCCAAUGGCUCUGGAGCCGGUCAGCCUGGUGUUGUCAAGGAGCUGUGGGCUGGGUUCUUGGAUGAUGUCCUUGGCCCCAAGCAGUCUGCCGCUCGCACUUAA